UGUCAAAAUCAGCUGUUUCAAUUCUCCGAAGUGGAAUCGAAUAGAGGUCAGCAGCAUGAAUCGAAGAAUCGUUUGUCAGCCUUGUUUCUUUCUGAAGAGAAAGUAGAUGCUUCGCCUUGUCAUGAUAGAGAUGGAUCUGGUGUUGGUUCUAUGCAUAUUGACAAAGGUCUCAAGGAUGAGAAUUUGAUUGAUUGCUGGUUUCUUCAAAAUGGGAGCCUGACCUUCUUGGAUUAUCCUGUGGAGUUUCAGGCUCAUUGCAUUACCGAUGCCCACAACAGUGCAACGAUCUCUACUGGAUAUAGUGAUGCUGGUGAAGAAAGCCAAGAAAGCGUUGGUACUGCGUUCAGGGAUGGGGUGGAUAGAGCCAGUAAGAUGCCACUCACAGCUGGAAACAUUACGGGAAAGAGAAAGACAGUGCGGUUUGAAUGUGAUUUUGAUCAAUCUAGCUCUUCCAAGAAACAUGAGAUGGCUGGAAAAAUUAAUUUCUCAGCAGCCUUAUAUAAUCCGACCUCACUGAACCAAUCUGAUGAGAUUCAAACUCAAACUCCUGGAACUAUCUCUCCUGCAAAUAUGGAAUCAGCAGUAAGGGGGAGACCAAGAAUCAGUUCGCAGUUUGUGCAUUCAGCUUCCAAUAUAACUGAAAACGCCUCCAUAUGUAACCUCCCUGAAGAUUCAGAUGAGAGCGUAGACCAAUGUAAAGUACAGGCUUGCAGAGAGAAGACAGAAAAUGAAACUCCCACAUCAGCAACUUGUGAGGGAAAGUCGGAAGAGAGUACAGAUGAAAAUAGUAAGAUUCUUGGACUCAGAGUGAAGCAGAGUGAAGAGAAGAGUAACAAAAACAUGGCGGCUUUAUCCACCGUAACCUCAGGGGACAGGCCUAUCAUUGGAAUGGUUGCAGCUCACUGGAAUGAGAAAGAGCAAACUCAUAUCUCACCUAAAUGGUGGGAUGGUAAUGGGAUACCAAACUCUACAAACAAGUACAAAGAGGAUCAGAAAGUGAGUUGGCACGCAACACCUUUCGAGGAGAGAUUGGAGAAAGCACUUUCAGAAGAAAGUGGUCAAGGUUUCAUCCCUUCAAGGAAAACUGGAAUAAAGGAAGAGGCUGAAAGGGACAAAGCUAUAUCACAAAUGCAUCAUUCAGCGCAAUCCACGUCGAUCGUUUCCUUUUGA